CUUGACGACGGCUUCUGUUCACAGAAACGGAAGGGAGGGGAGGGGGUGUCCCGCGCAGAGGAAGCGGGGGAUCCGUCAUCAGCCUCCCUGUCCUCGUCUCAUCGCCACCACCAUCGUCGUGUUCACAAUCCUCUAUUGCGCACCGAUUUGCCGACCGUAAGACUGCCAUUUAUCAUCCGAUGUCGUCCCGCCUUGUCAAGAUUCAGAAGAGACAGGCGCUGGGAGGGGUCACCAGCAGUCUCAGCUCGGGCGGCCAGAGUGCCAGCAAUGCUGCCCAGCAGGCCACAGGAGACCUCUCCAAGACUCAGCUCAUCGGCCUCUCAGUCGGCCUCGUCGCGAUCGUCGUCCUCGUCGUCUUUGCACUGUGGUGGUGCUGCACGAAGACGGCGCGCCGCGACGACAAAAAGGAACGAGAAGCUGCUCGUCGUCCUUUCGUCCAGCUAGCUGCACCAGCUGGCAGCCCCUAUGACGAGAGCGGCUUCGACCAGGGCAGGAAUGCCAUGAUGAGCCAGGUCGCCCUUUCUCCGCAGACGCACGAGAUGGACAGGCACCGUCGUAUGGAACAGGCUCAUCAGAUGCCACCCUCCACAUCUCUUCCACCAUCGCCAAGUUCGGCCGACGACAUCUUCGAUGACCGCAAGGGAAAGGGUCACUUCCAGCCUCAGGCGUUGCAACACGCCAAGGCUUAUGACGCCUUCUCCAACGAUGGGACAGACGGGUUUGGCUGGGGCCAACAGCAACCUCACUAUGCGAACCCUCACGAUCUGCAGCAAGUUCACGUCCCCCCGCAACACCGUCAAGCAGCAGCACCAUCAGUCCCACCGCAAGCAGCAGUGUACCUCGACGCUCACACGCUCGCCCUCGAGCGUGCCCGAGCCGCAUGAGCUCGUUGUCCAUUAAUCUUCCAGAUACCCCGACUUGUCGCAUUCUCACUGUGCUUCGUUCUCAUGUCUUGCCUGUAACACACUUGCUGUCGUUGUGACUCCUGUAAUCCACGUAAUUUGCUU